AUGAAAGGAAGAAUUCAAAUUAAGACACCAUCAGACAUGGUCAUCAUUCAGAUGGACAUUGUCAUUGUUCAGUUACAGACAAGCAACGAAAGGUUUCAAAAGCACUUAAAGGCUUUAGACUUUUCACAACAUUGUAUUAAGCAGCGCUGGGGUUUUGAUCCUAAAUGUUUACCGUUAGGGAAAAGUUUUAAGAGACAACAAACGAACGAAUGUGUCUCAUGUGGAGAUGUCCGGCACUCUUUGAAAUUUAAUCAUGAUUGA